AUGGGGAAGCAAGGACCCUGCCAUCAUUGCGGAGUCACAAGUACUCCCCUGUGGCGAAAUGGGCCACCAGAUAAGCCGGUGCUCUGCAAUGCUUGUGGCUCGAGAUGGAGAACAAAGGGUUCAUUGGCAAACUACACCCCAAUGCACCGCAAGGACGAUAUUGAUGAUGUUGAACCCAGAGUUAGCAAGCUGAAGCCACCGACAUCAAAGUCGAAGUCACAGAAGAAAAAACCAAAUCAAAUUAUAACGGAGAAUGGACCAUUUUCUGGUCAGAAUUUCCGAAAGAUGGGGGGUGUUGACCCAAGCUAUCAGUCUAGUUCGGGAUCUGCAGUAUCAUACUCUGAGAGUUGUGCCCCAUAUGGUGCUGCUGAUGCAAGUGAAAUGACUGGUUCAGCACAGUCACAUGCUUGGGAGUCCCUAGUGCCAUCAAGAAAGAGGAGCUGUGUCACCCGUCCGAAGCCUUCACCUGUAGAAAAGCUUGCAAAAGAUCUGAACUCCAUCAUGCAUGGAGAGCAGUUGUAUAACCUUUCAGGAUCAUCAGAGGAAGACCUACUAUACCAUACUGAAACUCCUGUCGGUUCCUUUGAGAUAGGCUCUGGAAGUGUGCUUCUAAGACAUCCAAACUCGAAAUCACUGGAGGAAGAAUCAGAAGCAAGCUCCAUUCCUGCAGAUAAUAAAUCAUACAUUACAAGUGAAUCAUAUUCAGGCUCUGCCUCGUUUGUCGUUCACAGUGGAAACAAGGCAGCAAUUAACUUAAAUGCUCCAACUGCAAGGCCGAAGAAGUCGCCGCUGCAUAUGGAAGACAUUGCUAGAAGGGAUAAACUUCAUUAUGAGAAUCAGCAUGUCCUGGAGAGUGUUGAUUCACCUUUAGUUUCAGUAGAUUUAGAGGAUGUUAUAAACUAUACUAACUUCAUGAAAUAUCUAACUAAAGAGGAUCAACAACAGUUGCUCAAAUUUCUUCCUCCUGUGGAUUCCUUGGCACCUCCUGAAAGCCUUAGAAGCAUGUUCAGUUCUAUCCAAUUCUCUGAUGCUAUAGACAGCUACCAGAUGCUGCUUGGAGAGGGAAUUAUUGACCCAUCCUUAUCUGGUGAUGAGGAAUGGAAGAAAGUGAAGACGCUUGCCUUAACUAAUUUAACAAAAUGCAAAUGGCUGGAGUGCUAUAAACAGAAGAAGGAAAAGGGAACAAAGGAAACCAGGGGAGUGGGGAGCAUCAAUGAACCGGAAGGCUUUGCCAAGUCUACUAUGAAACCACUCAAAAGAUCCCGUGACACCCACUUUCAGAGUGAUGCAGAACUAGAUGGUACCAUGAGGAGUCCUCUACGAGUUCUAAAAUCUGGGGCUUUGGCUCCUCAAUUUGAAAGUUCAUCUUUGCCAAAAUCUGGCUACGCCACCAAAGAUUCAACCUGCACUGGAGGAGCACUUAAUUUAUUCAUGUUACCCCCAGAAAAGUUAUCAUUACUGGUCCCUCCUCAGUAUGCCGACUCUGAUCAAGACUUGCUGCUGGAGAUACCUCUCAAUGCACGACACCCAGAGGCAGAACUUCUCUGUCAACCAUCUCAGCUGAUGAGCUCUACAACCCGCAGCUCCACCUCUAUGGGUAGGGUUGCUGAAGGAGAAGGGUGCCUGAAGCAACCAUAG